GGAAACACAAGCGGCCGAGAGGAGAGGAGAGGAGAGGCGAGCAGAGGAGAGGAGAGGUGGCGGAUGAAUGGAUCUUCAACUACAAUGUUGAAUCUGAAGUGGUACACUCAAGUAAGGCAAUAAUGAAAAUCUAGGUAUUUCAGUGGAAAAUGAAUGGGCAAGAGAAUAAUAGUCCCAUGGUGAAGAAGAAAGUGUCAAUUGUUGCAAAAUCUUCAGAAGAAAAUCAAAUAACUGAAGAAUCUGAGAAUACAGAAUGCAGCACUGAAGGAAUUGCCGGUCUCACAAACUACUUCAACCAACUUGAUCUAUUAGAGACACAUGGACAUUUGAUACCCGUGGGGACACACAGCAUGUGGCAAGGAGAGUCUGAUGAUGAAGAUGACGAAGCUGAAAAUGAUGCUUAUUUUACAAUGAAAGAGAAAGAGCUGGAAAAUGACCUACCAAAUCUAUUACUUUGGGCAGCUGAGAAAAACCAGCUUUCGAUAGUGUGCAGACUUCUUUCAGAAAACCCAGAGCUUGUCAAUGUUAAAGACGAUGACCACUACACACCACUUCAUAGGGCUGCCUACAGUGGUCAUAUUGACGUUGUUCGCAAGCUGAUAACUCAAGGAGCAGAUGUGCAUGCUCGUACUAUAGAUGGCUGGACACCUUUGCACAGUGCUUGUAAAUGGAACAAUGCCGAAAUAGCUUCAUUUCUUCUGCAGAAUAAUGCAGACAUCAAUGCCCAGACGAAUGGUCUGCAUACAGCACUACAUCUUGCUUCAGGAAGUAAAGAUACCAAGGAAGCCAUUGAAUUGUUGCUAAUGAAUCGUUACAUAAAUUCUGAUCUAAAAAAUAAUUUGGGUGAGACAGCAUUUGAUGUUGCUUGUCGAACAAAUGUUUACUAUUACCUCUUUGAAAUUACAGAACACUGCACAAAUUCGGUACCUGAACCAAAAUGAUUCAUUUAAAUGUAUAGUCACCCAAACACAAAAUCUGGUCAUUUUAAUUUGGUUGAAGUUAAGUAGCCUUCUGAAGUUUAAAUGGCCAUUGUAACAGUUUCAAUGUCAAUGUGAAAAGAGUACAUUUCCUAACUUACCCCAAAACUGGUUGUGUUAAUCAAUCUAUUGAAAAUGUUUUGUGAUUUUUGGUGUAAAAUUGUAAAUAUUUUAUUUUCAGUCAGUGUUGGCUUUUUUCUGUUGUGAUGUGUUGACGAAAAUAAACCCUAUACUUUCUAUUUAUAA